AUGGGUGAUGUCUCGUCAGGCGUGUCCAUGGGCGAGCCACCGGAUCUCGAAAUCGACAGCGACAGCGACAGCGAGCCCAUAAUCCCUAUUCAACCCGAAAUUCCCUCUUCACCGCGCAAGAAUAAGCUAUCAUGUUUGCCCAAUGCUCUUGUCUCCUCAAAAGAGCAGGGUCACCGGCUCGGCACCGACGCCCUGUUCCACCACAAGAAUAUAGAUGCUCUAUUACUCAAGGAGCUCGAGGAUGCUCACGUCCAUGACUCCAAGGAUCUGCCCGAAGCUCUGUUUCCCGAAGACGCCUUUCCUAUCACCUUGGACGACACCCUCGAUCAUCUGUUGCCCCUCGACAAAAGAGCAGAUGGGUGGCCGGGUUGCCCUAAUCUUUUAGAGCAGAAAUGUGAGAGGGAACUUGCGGCUUUCUUCGAGGCGACCUGCGAAACCGUUCGCGAGUUCUACCUGGAAAAUGGGGAAGCUUGGGACGAGGACAGGAGCUGGACAGCGGACUACUGCAACACGCCUCUGCCCGGAGGGUUCGUACCCCGCAAACCGGACAUCGCUGCCCUUGUACUUCGUCGCGCGCUGGACUGGCUGAGUCUGCGAUGUGAUGGCCAGCACAAAUGCAACGAGACUCUGAUAGACGAUAUCACAGCCCAGCUCCACGAUGGCGCCCUGAACUGCCUCACUGCUCAGGACGAUAGGUUCUUCCACGUCGGUCUCGGUAUGGCCGGGAGGAGGCUCUUCUUGGAAUAUUACGACCGAUCUGGCUAUAUCCGCUCUCCUGCGUACAACAUCCACAUAAGCCUGAUCUUCUUCCUACGGGUGUUGCUCGGCUUCACGAUGUUGUCCAAACGGUUCCUGGGAUAUGAUCCUACAAUCACGCACCGCAAUGGAAGGCGAUACGUCACCAUCGCCGGCAAGGAAUAUCGGAUCAUGGAAAGAAUCAACAAGACACAGGGAAUUCGGGGUCUAGGAACUGUCGUCUGGCGCUGCUCUUGCGACAACGAAGAAUUCAUCAUCAAGAGUAUCUGGGCCGAUCGCACUCGAGCUCAUACGGAAGACGAAUAUCUGAAGGCGGCUGCCGCAGCUGACGUUCCCGGCAUCCCUACCCUAGUGGCGUUCGAGAAAGUCUGCAUCGACGGUGUUCAAGUUUCGACGGCGACUAUCCGGGAGAAAAUCGGCGUGCCGGCUUCAGAUUAUGAAGCGCGAGACCUCGUUCGGCUCGUUAUCAAGGAGCGCGGCAUACCGAUCUACUGCUUCUCGACGAGGACAGAGCUGCUAUCGGGGCUGAGGGAUAUCGUGUACACGCUAUGGAAGCUUUGCGUCGAUGCCAAAAUUCUGCACGCGGACAUCAACGAUCAGAAUGUGAUGCUUAAGGCCAGCGCUACGCCGGGUCAGCGCCCUGGGCUACUCGUCGACUAUAAUUAUGCGCGAUUCCUGAACGAGGCGGCGCAUGCCGCAUCUGCCUGGAGGAGUUUGAAAGCCGUAUUUGCGGCGUCGGACUUGCUCACCAAAGGCAAAUAUCGCGCGUUUAAGGCGCAGUACGACCUGCAAUCGGUCCUGUACCUCCUUAUUUGGAUUUGCUGCUGUUAUAGUGGCCCAAACGGCCAGCUGCGCAAGUUCAAGAUCAUGAAAACGGAGCUGGCUGAUUGGCUGGCCAUCGAUGAGUACUCCGUCGGUUCAAACAAGAGCACCGUCAUGAGCCUCAGCAACGUUACUUUUGGCAACUUCAUGCGGGACACCUUCGACGAGUACUUCAACAUGCUACAGACCUGUGUCUGGGAGCUUCGCCAGGUCAUCAUGGCCGACAGCGUCGAUGCUCCGUUUGCCGAGGUGAUUCGCAUCUUCAACAAAUAUAUCCCCAAGAUACGGAAGAAGGAGAACUUGGGACCGCUUCCGGCUCCAGCGGUCAACCGGGAGACGGCACCUCGACGGCUUGCCGGCCGGAAUGCAGAGGCACGAGCCUCUCGGGCUGGUCAGGAUCCUGCACCGCCAGCAACCCCUCCUACCCAAGGCGACGAGUCGGCGGAGGGUCGCAACGAUGGAUCCUCUACCGCUCAAGCGCGCGCGGAAGGCGACCGUGGCGAGGAGCAGCCCAAAUCCCGCAAACAUGGAGGAAAUUGCUAUCAUGACGCCUGCUUAGAGGCCCGUAGCAGGGAGCCUGGCAAGCCGUGCCUUCGCGCCGAGGCCGGGGCAAAGAAGCAGUCAAAGAAGAGUGCAGGUUCGAGCCGCUGACCUGGGGGCCUUCACUGGAUGUAUCGUGGUUAUAUAAAUUAUUACUUACUCCAUUGUUCAACUGCGUCCGAUACGAGGACCUGCGCAUAGUGGUCAUGAGUGAAUCAGUCAACAGCUUGCCUUCUGACAUGAGCAGAGCUGCAAGUCGGCCGCGAGGAGAACAAACUUCGCCCAAUAUCCGCCUCUUUCACGACCGUCAGCGGACAAGUAG